GAGCGGGGGGGGAUAUGACGGCGCGGCCGCGCGGAGCGGGAGCGCGCCCGUCCCCCUGAGUGCGCGCGCGCGACCCAGCCCGGCCCAGGACCGCCGCCGCCCCGUGCAUGGCUGGGGCCUGCCCACCCCGCCGGCCGCCAUGGGGAAGAUGCUGUCCAAGAUCUUCGGCAACAAGGAGAUGCGCAUCCUGAUGCUGGGCCUGGACGCGGCCGGCAAGACCACCAUCCUGUACAAGCUGAAGCUGGGCCAGUCGGUCACCACCAUCCCCACCGUGGGCUUCAACGUGGAGACGGUCACCUACAAGAACGUCAAGUUCAACGUGUGGGACGUGGGGGGCCAGGACAAGAUCCGCCCGCUGUGGCGGCACUACUACACGGGCACGCAGGGCCUGGUGUUCGUGGUGGACUGCGCCGACCGGACCCGCGUGGACGAGGCCCGCCAGGAGCUGCACCGCAUCAUCAACGACCGGGAGAUGCGGGACGCCAUCGUCCUGGUCUUCGCCAACAAACAGGACCUGCCGGACGCCAUGAAGCCCCACGAGGUCCAGGAGAAGCUGGGCCUCACCCGGGUCCGGGAUCGGAACUGGUACGUCCAGCCGUCGUGUGCCACCACCGGCGAGGGGCUCUGUGAGGGGCUCAUGUGGCUCACGUCCAACUACAAGUCCUAAGGGCCCCCCGGGCGCCGGAGGAGGGGGGUCCCUCCCCGCCUCCGUCCCUGUCCGGCUCGCUCCCCGCCCGAUACGAUUUUUGUCCCUUCCCCUCGAUCCUCCCUUCCCCCCAGAUCUGACCCCUCCGCUCCCCGCCCUCGGAAAGGACCUCUGGCCCCGUCCGUCUCCUCCCCGGAGGGACUCUGGCCUCCACGCGCCGGCCCUCGCCUCCUCUGCCCAAGAAACUCUUGAAAUUGGUCAUGUCCCGGCGAGGUUUCUGCCAUGUGGGCUGAAGCAAGGAGGCGGAGGAGGGGCUUUUUGGGGGGGGAUCUCCACGCUGGUGGAGGGGGAAUCCACCCGACGCCCUUAAUUUUUAGGUCACCGGCUCCCUUCCCCGUCUGCCUCUGGCACAGUUUGGGGGCAGGCGGCCUUUCCACUUUUUAGGAGCACCCUGGGGGCGCGGGAGCCUUUCCGAGCUUGUCGUUUAGCGACCCGGGGGUCUCUUUUCGGGGCCCACUCCCCCCACCCACUGUGGGCCAGGCCCUCACAUUGUCCCGUGCCCUCUCGGUAGCAAUAAAUGGGUCUGGGCCCCUCCGCUCAAGAAGCGACUUUGCGGGGGGUCGCGGGGAGGAGGCUGUGGCUGAUGAAAUUCCCAGACCCCUUCGGGGUGGGGCUCUGGGGGCAUCCCCGAUUUCUCAGGGCCCCCUUUCCAAUGCAGCUGCUCCUUCUCCCCCCUCCUCUUCCCCUUUCCAGGGCACUGGAGGCCCGGAAGGCGGGGCCGGAGGGAGGGGGGUGUUGUGGCUGCUGGAGGCAGGGGCUGUAGUGGCCUCCUCCUCCUCCUUCUGAGGCUUCUCAGAAAGAAUGAGUCACGGAGCCCUGUGCCGUCUCCUCCUUCCCCCUCCCCUAGCCUCAGGCGCCCCGAGUCCUGGGAAUUGGGGGGGUGGGGGUGUCCCCUGGUCCUCUGCCCCACACCUGGUGCCUUUUAAAGAGCCAUUUUUUCUGGGAAGACAAGGUACUGGGGGGCUGGUGUGCCGGGGCUGGGUGGGCAUCUGAUUAUGCAAUGUACUGUAGCCGGCCCCCAUCGUACCCCAGCUCGCCCCUUUCCUGCAGGGCUGGGGUCCUCUCCCCCGCCCCCCCCGUCCCCCCGGGUGACUUGACGGGGGAGGGCCGUAUGAUUUCUAACUCAUGGAAUUUUGUUUCUCUUCCAAAAAAAAAAAAAAAAAAAAAGUAUUGUUAUUUUGGGUUUAUUCUCCUUUCCAAUCUUUACGCAAAUGAAAUGCUUUUUAAAAACCUC